AUGCUGAGCCCCAGACGUGUCCGUAAUUAUUCGUUAUCGAUGGCAACUCGUGGAGCAUGUGGAGUUCUUCUCGUUUUUCUAUUCAUUUUUGUACUGAUCUCAAAUACAUCAAAUAAAUCGAUAUCCAGUGACAGAGUAGAACAAAGAGAACGUAUAGUUAAUGGAUUGGAUGUGGAAGGACAAGGUGAUGAACCAAUUAUUGAGGCGAAUAAAAAUGCGAUCUCCGAUGAUACUGUCUCUUCACUACUAGAACGAAUCAAAUUGCUUGAAGACGAGUUAUCAUCGAUGAGAACACGGAUGGAUGAUGCUGAAAAUCGAGAGGGAAAUGUUGAAAAUGGCGAUGAAAUUGUUGCGCCGUUACCAACGACAAAAUCGUUCCCAUCAGUCCGUUAUCGAAACGAAGAGACGCGAAAACGUAUUCUGAUUACUGGCGGUGCUGGAUUUGUUGGAUCUCAUUUAGUUGACAAAUUAAUGUUGGAUGGACAUGAAAUAAUUGCAUUGGAUAACUACUUUACUGGAAGAAAGAAGAAUAUCGAGCAUUGGAUUGGACAUCCGAACUUUGAAAUGGUUCAUCACGAUGUUGUUAAUCCGUAUUUUGUAGAAGUCGAUCAGAUUUAUCAUCUGGCAUCACCUGCUUCACCACCACAUUAUAUGUAUAAUCCUGUGAAAACCAUCAAAACGAAUACACUGGGAACGAUUAAUAUGCUCGGAUUGGCUAAACGCGUGAAAGCCACCGUUCUUCUCGCCUCCACCUCUGAAGUAUACGGUGAUCCAGAAGUCCAUCCCCAACCGGAAACCUACUGGGGGCACGUGAACACAAUCGGACCACGAGCAUGUUAUGACGAAGGUAAACGAGUCGCUGAAAGUCUGAUGGUUGCAUACAAUAAACAAGAGAAUGUUCAAAUUCGAAUCGCUCGAAUUUUCAAUACAUUCGGUCCGAGAAUGCAUAUGAAUGAUGGGAGAGUUGUGUCGAACUUUAUCAUUCAAGCUCUUCAGGAUAAACCGAUAACGAUCUAUGGAAACGGAACCCAAACCCGCUCGUUCCAAUAUGUGACUGAUCUGGUUGACGGUCUCAUCAAGUUGAUGAAUAGUAACUAUUCUCUGCCCGUCAAUAUCGGAAAUCCAGAGGAACACACAAUCGGGCAAUUCGCUGCAAUCAUCCGAGAUCUUGUUCCUGGUUCUCAAAGUGAAAUAAUCAAUCAAGAAUCACAACAGGAUGAUCCACAACAACGGAGACCGGAUAUCCGACGAGCAGCUGAACAGAUUCAAUGGAGACCACAAGUAUUGAUGAAGGAUGGAUUAUUGAAGACAAUUGAGUACUUCCGAGCGGAAAUUGAUCGGAAUAAGAGAGGAGGAAAGCCACCGCCAGAGCCAGUUAGGCAUGGUGGAUUGGAGAGUCGACGAUAA